AUGUCAGACAUUGAGGCAGACGGUUUAUUAGGUUUCGACUUUGAUGACGAAGACUUUGUAACAAAAGAAAAAGAAAAGAUCAACAUUUCUCAAGUUGAUUACGAUGCCAAAGUAGAGACGGAUGGUUGGUUUCACAAUCAUGACAAGACGAUCGAUCAACUCAUGUUAGAGCAACAUGGUCCCAAUCAAGUCAGAAAUGCUAUUGAACACGAUUACUUUUAUAAGCGGUAUGAUCGUCUUUUUUUGCUUAGAGGCAAGUUUUACCCUUUGAUUGGAAGAUAUACAGAAGCCAUAGAGGCUUAUAUGCAGUAUCAAAGAGAACGCAAGUUAGAUUAUGGCGUAUGGUCUGGUAUGGCCACUGUAUUUAUGCUUUCUGCAGCAAGAAAUCCAACUGAAAAAGACAUGCGGUAUCAUUUAGCCAACCUCUCUAUGCAUCGUGCGAUACAUAUCUUUACUACAAGUCGUUGGAACAAGAGUAUCGAUUUUGUCAAAGCUAGAUUUGAAAGAGACCUCAAAGCUCUUCAGGCUUGCUUAAGAGAAACAGAAAAACACGGUGGUCAUGCUGACCAGUUUGUUCAUUGGAUGGCUGCAGGCAAUCCUGAAAAGGAACAGGCAGGUUUAGAAGAAUUCAGUUGGGAUGAUAUGGUAUGGAUCUAUAAAGACUGGGUUUUGAGACAAGACCUUGACUUGGUAGACAAUGAUAUAAAGGCAGUCAAAGAUUUAUAG